AUGUCUCGCGGCGGCACGACUCUCUACGUGACCGGCUUCAGCCACGGCACUCGCGCACGCGAUCUCGCUUACGAAUUCGAACGCUUUGCGUUUGUCGAAUACGAGGACCGCCGCGAUGCCGACGAUGCAUACCACGACAUGCAUAACAAGCGUAUUGGUCGUGACGACAUCCUGAAGAUCGAAUGGGCACGCACUCCCCCGUCCGCCUCGUGGCGGUUCGACUCCGGCCGCGAACGCGAUCGCCGCCGCUCUCCCCGUCGUGGCCGCUCCCCGUCUCCUCGCCGCCGUGAUGCCUCGCCUCGUAAGGAUGACCGUCGUGACCGCGACCGCGACUACGACCGCGACCGUGACUCGCGUCGCGACCGCGGUGACCGGUCUCGCAGCCCGGAGCAACGUAGUGACCGUGACCGUGAUGUGAAGGAGGAACGCGACGAGCGCCGUGAGAACGGCACAAACGGUGACGACCGUAAGGAGCGUGAGCGCAUUGACAGCCCGCCUCCCCCAGCUCACGACGACUUGGACGUCGCAGAGUAG